AUGCGUCAAAGAACGACCUUCUUCCACCAUAAUGACGACGCCAUCGAUCCCUUGGCUCUAAAGGUGAGCGGCCGUUCUAUCACCGGACCCAACAUCAAAGCUGUCCGCGAAGACCGCUUCACCUUCGGUCUCGAAGAGCUACCACAUGAGUUGCAGCAGCUCUUGGAGAUCACCCCAGAGCUUCACUUGAGAUGGAUUCCCUCGACUACAUAUGACACGUUGGCCUCUGGUCCGUGGACUUCUAGGCUGCCUGCAGGUCUGCACGUCUUCUAUACACCGCAAGAAGCAGAAAACUCGAGCGACCCUAUAUGCGUCUUUCUUCAUAACCUCGUGCCCUUUGAGAACUGCUCUGAAUCUCUGCGAUACUUCUCCAGGCUGCCCAACGAUCGGUUCUCACACUCCACUGCCUACCAAGCCUAUCUUCCACUAGAUGAUUUGGGCAGCUUCUCAGAAUAUGCAUCCCAGUACCUAUGUUCCGCCGCCGAUGACGAUUGCAAAAGACAUAUAGAUGACCUCAAGAGUGCCAAAUCACUGGACUUUUCAUACGAUACAAUAUCCCACGUAGUAAAGAUCACUGUGCUAUGGGGCUUCGAGGAGCAGCCUCUGGACGUCACUGGUCACUCAGACCAUAGAGUUGAAGUCGGUCUGCUGACGCCAAAUCACCCUGAACACUUGGAGGACUAUGAACUCGGAGUUGCAGGCCUUCUGACUGUCCUGGGAGAAGACAAGAAACCAUCGCCCGUGAUGUUUUCAUUCCCCACACGGCAUAAAGCUUCUACAGCAACUUUCAACUCCAGCUUCUCCUCACCUUUGGGCUUACAUCCGACGUUGCAAUUGAGCAUCGAAUCCAGCCAACCCCCCAUGGCCGAUACAUUUUGCUCGCUUCACGCAUAUUUUACACUUCCAAACACUAUUUUUGCCGACAAGUACCAGUUCGAUGAUUCGCUCUUUCUUUCCUCCAAGAACUUAACUGCUCUGCGUUAUAUAAGCCAGCCUGUUGAUUUAGAAGCGCCUAGUUACGUCAUGAAGCUCUGGGGAUCCAGCGCCUUGCUUGAACUUAAGCCGCCUGAGACGGGCGAGGGUUUCACAGCAGACAUUCCCCUUCACCUGCGCUACCAAGCACCACGCUCAGGGGGCGAGGCAUCGUUCAACCUACCUUAUCCCGCUGUGUUUUGGACAUGUGCAGCAGAGGAGGGUACUAAAUUCCCAACAAAUCCUUUUGACCGAAUUAACCUAGGUUACGACGGUCUAUUUGGGCCCCGGACACUCUUCUGGCACCUCAAUCCUGCCCCCCAAAAUGGCAGUCUAAUGCUGAAUGGAUCGGUUCCUGUACUGGAUCUGGAUAAAGCAUAUUGGGUGAGCACCUUUACCGGAACAGCAGUCUUGAUAGGAUUCGCUUGGGUUGUAUGGAAACUGCUGGCUGUUUUUGGACGGUCUGGCUACGGCCAACCAACAAAAGCCGAAGCGGCAAAGAAGAUUCAAUAG